AUGCUUAUUCCUAAAUACGAGACCCCCUCGUGCUGGAAAGGCGCCUUUUGUUUCGCAGCCCAAGAUCUUGUUAAUCCUCAGAGUGAAAUAGCGCAGAGAUAUCCACAUCUCUAUCAGGUGUUUCGAGCUCGUCUGGGAUCUGCAUAUGCUGUCCGAAACAACAGGCCGGUCUCGUUAUGCUCUCAUACCACCUUCCAUCAUGGGUAUAAGGGUUGUCGGAGUGAUGGUGACGUAUUUCAGAAAAGGGAAUGGCCUAAUGCGUACGAUCGAGCGGAUCCAGUCAGGAAUGCCACAGGUAACCGCAUGAAGCACAUGUGUAGCGAGCUGAAGGAUCGUAUGGACGUGUAUGGCUUAGCCGGCGAAGGAACUUUCGGUUCAGUAUUUCUUGCCCGUGAGCGAGACAAUGACAACAAUAAACCCGAAAAUCUCCAACACUAUGCCGUCAAAGUUCAGGGCCACGAGACUUUGCUUGGUGCUUUGCAGGCGAAUCAUUGCGAUCCUCCCAAUGGACCGGUCCCAGAAAACCAAGAGUCCCUUCGAUAUAUUCCUGAAGAAGCGAUGAUCAUGCUAUUUCUCUCUGAGAGUGACAGGUUUCCCACCCUAGACUCGGUCUACACCCAUGACCGCUUCCAAGCCAUUGUUAUGUCUCCAUGUGUUGACUACAACUCUGAUCGACAACCGUCACCACCAGGCAAUUUCUCUCGUAGAUUCCCUGGAUUUACAGCAAGAUACUUGCUAACCAAGGAUCAUAGACCAUUGCUCAACGCGGAUGAGGGACGCAAAAUUGCAACGCAGCUUUUUCAGGCGAUGAGACAGUUGGCUGAUAUGAACGCUUGGCACAAUGACAUCUCAGUCAACAACAUCCUCGUGGAUAAGAAUCUGAAUGCUCAGAUGAUCGACCUCGGAGAUAUUGCUUUCGGAUUAGACGAGCGAGCCUUCUUCGAGCGCAACUACGCGUACGUUCCUUUCCAGGAGUAUCAACUCUCCCCCGAACUUGCACAGCAGAUUACCACCAGGUUUGGUAUGUCCGUUUAUGCCGAUGUGACUCAUGAUUUGAGACAUGAGGUUAUGUGGAAAUUCGCUACCAUAAUCUAUGGAAUCCUUCAUGGCUUCUGGCCAUGGAACGAGCCCCCUAAAAAUGGAGAUGCUCACCCAGAACUGCUGGACGCUCGGGUAUUCACUGAUCCUCAACAGAUCCUACCCCGGAGGUAUCGUAUUAUUAAUGAUCCUCUGCCUAUUGACGAGAAUUUGCCACAGGACUGUAAGGAUGUGCUGCAGGCGAUGUUCAGUAAGAAUCCGGAGGAUCGGCCCACACUUGCUGAGUUGGAGGGUUAUCCUUGGUUUUCGCAGUGGGCACGAGAGACUCAGUUCUAUGAGAGGCCGUUCUCUAGGGACUUUCGGCAUGCGUGCACGAGAAGAAGCAAGUGA